GCGAAUAAAUGCUUAACGCCUCUCCCCUCCGCAACAGUGGCACGGCACUAGACGAUGCCGAAGCUUGAAGUUUUUCCGAAGCUUUUUAGACUUGUCAUCUGUCAGUAGCACCAAGCAACUUGAGAGCAACAUUCGUCCCGUGCUGAUUAUGACGGUCAGCAAUCGGCACAUUCGCCAAGGGUAACAAAAGCUCGUGGGUCCCGAUAAAAGCCGACCAAAGGAGGCAAGUGAGCCAUGCAUGAGUUGACAGCACAAGUCACCAGCAGCCUGCUGCCUUUUCCUGCGGUGACUCUCGAGGCUGUAGGAGAGGAUGAGAUCACGCUGGACUCUGUGCUUCACGGCAAGUUCACUGUUGGCCAUGCAGGGCAUGCUUGGCUCGCCUGCGGGCCCCAUCUUGAGUUCAUCCACGCAUUCACCGGAGAACGUAUGUCUGCGUACUGCUUUAGUGGUGGAGGGGAGCACCCACCCAGCGUCCUCACCGCAAGGGACUUCAGCUGGCUCAAAAGGUCUGGCUUGCUGGUCGGCUUGGAAGAAACCGAAGGCAGUGUGUUGUGUCUCUAUGAUUUGGGGCUGUCCAGAGUGACCAAGGCUGUGGUUAUACCAGGCAGGAUUACAGCCAUUGAGCCCUUGGUGAGCUAUGGUGGGGCAAGCACUUCUACCCAGCAUCUCCACCAGUGUCUUCGCUGGUUCUUUGGCAUCGCCGCUGUAGUCACGGAUGUAGGCCAUGUGCUGCUCGUGGACCUCUGUCUGGACGACCUGUCUUGCAGCCAGAGCGAGCUGAAGGCUUCCGGCUUGCAAGUGGUGACCAAAACUCUGAGAGAGAUUCCCAGGCUUCGAGAAGUGAGCAGCAGAGAGGGCAGACACCUUUCCCUCCAGCUCAAUGGGCCAAGUGGUGUAUCAGCCACAGCCCUGCAGUACAUCCCCAGAACAAAUCAGCUAGCCGUGGGUUUCUCGGAUGGCUACUUACAGCUAUGGAACUUGAAGUCUCUCAGAAAAGAAUACCAUUGCCAGUUGGAUGGUGGCAGAGUGCCCGUUCACGCCUUCACCUUCCAGGAGCCAGAAAAUGACCCCAGAAACUGCUGCUACCUCUGGGCUGUCCAGUCUUCUCAGGAUCAAGAAGGCGAUACGGUCAGUCUCCACCUUCUACAGAUGGCUUUCAGUGAGCGUAAAUGUCUGGCCUCAGGGAAGAUCCUCUAUGAGGGUCUUGAGUACUGUGAGGAGCGUUACAGUCAAGAGUUGAGUGGUGCAGCUUUUCCUCUCGGAGCCCAGAACACCAAAACCCGCUUGCUGAACUGCCAGACCAUCGAGAAAUUCCGACACCAUCCAGACAGGGACGACAGCAUGACUGAAGUUGCAUCUCCAGACACCAGUGUGUCCAUCUUUAGCUGGCAAGUCAAGGUCUACGGGCAAGGAAUACCUUCUACCUACAUUGCCGUUUUUGACAUCAACCGCUGGUACCAUGCACAGAUGCCAGAUUCAUUCAGAAUGGGCGAGUCUCUGCAGAACUGCGCUUACCUUGCCGUUUGGUGUUUGGACCCAGUGACGCAAAUGGCUCCUCAGAACGUCUUACUGGAUGUAGUUGUACAGGAUCACAGUCUCAGCAGGGGUCUGUCUUUGACUUUCCCCCCACCGGAACAGUACUUUAACCCAACCGCAUACAACUUUGAUGCUACCUGUUUAUUCAACUCUGGAAUUGUCCAUUCAACUUGCUCUGGAUAUCAGAAACAAACUUUGAGCUUUUUGAGGAAAGCCGCUCCGUGUUCCAGUGACGUAAUCUCCAGCAGCUACUCGCGGUGUCUCAUGUCAGGCCUUCUGUCAUCUCGCCUUGCUGAUGCCCAUUCUGCCAAUCUCUCGCAGGAGGAGCAGCUAGAUGCCAUCCUGUCGACUGCAGUCGAGACCAGCACUUUGGGACUGAUCACUGGUUGUAUCAAGCAGUGGACUGCAGAGGAACAACCUGGCUCUGCGCUAAACCUUCGCUAUAUCUUGGAUUGGGCCUGGAAGAAAGUGACCAAGACCAAGGAGGAAUUGGACAGCAUUUGUGCACCUCUAUUCGACAGCUCGUCCAACUUCACAGAUCCUCAGACCAUGCAGCUGCUGCAGCACAGCCAGAGACUUCUGGAGAACCUCAGCACCAUCUUCCACUGUCUGCUCACUGAAGCUCAGGAGCUCACGCAGAAAGGUCUUGUGGGUCUGAUCAACAAGAAUGUGGCUUCUGGUCUGAUUUCCAAGUACGCUCAAGUGGUCCUCUGGUUCUGUCGCACUGGCCUGCUGCCUGAAGGAUCAGAUGUUGAUGCCGUGCAGAUCUCAAGGCCUUUCUACAGUCACUCAGUCAUUAGCAACUAUUACUCUAUUCGCAGGGAGGAACUCACCUCUCUGGCCAAGGGAAAGUGGUGUGCCGACUGCCUGAUGAUUGACAGUUUGGUAGGCCAAUGUGGAGAACAUUUGGCCAAUCUGUGGAGGAGGGAUGAAGGUGGAACAGGACAGUACCCACCACCGACCCUUCAUGCUUUGCUGGAUAUUUAUCUUCUGGACAGUGUUGAUGAGGCUGCAAAACAUGCAAUUGUAAUCUACUUAUUGCUGGAUGUCAUGUACUCCUUCCCCACUAAGGAGGGAACGUCAGUGGAGUCUUUUCCCACAGCUUUUGACAUCCCUAUUGGAUUGGUUAAACUGGUGCAAGGCUUCUGGCUGCUUGACCACCGUGACCACCAGAGUUCGUUUGAACUGCUUUUGAAUCCGGCCGCCUCUCAGUGUCAUUUUGAGUGGCAACAUGAGCGCGUCCUGCAAGCGUUCAUGUGUCAGGGCCAACAUUCAGUGGCGCUGCGCUACUUUCACGUCACAAAGCCCUCCAUUUCCUCCAUCUCGCAGGCCAGACUCUGCCUCGCUGUACUGCUCCACAACAGGUGCCUCACUGAGGCGUGGUCAUUGCUGCGUCAGCACUCGAAUCAUCUCAACAGGGCCGAGCUGCUUGGCUUCCUGUACGAGACCUGCCAGGAGUUGGGUCUCAUCAAAGAGCUGCUCAAACUGCCCCUCGGCCCCACUGAGCAGGAAACUUUGGAGAAGUUUCUCCAAGGUACAGGCGGUCUUCAAAACAGGGAAAUACUGAUGGUUCAUUACCUUCAGCAAUCCAACUACAUACCUGCGCUGCAACUCAACCACAGCCUUAAAAUGCACCUCGUGAAUGAGCGAGACCCAAAGCUUAAAGAGCGAUCAGACACCCGCAACUCCAUACUGGAGCAGUAUGGCAAAAUUCUGCCCAGAGUUCAGAGAAAAUUGGCGAUGGAAAGAGCCAAACCCUACCAACAUCCCACCACCAUCCACAAAGAAGUGACUCGUCCACAGCCAUUGUCAACAAUCAGCAAGCGUUCCGCGAAUGAGAAAGUGAUGUCUAGGGCGGGCUUUAUCAACAGUGUCUUGAAUAAGAUUGAGGAGGUGUGGAUGGGCAAAGGAGACUCACCUCUGUCCUCCCCUGCUAAGUGUCCAAGAACUCCAGGAUUCCUGAGUCCACCACCUAAGCCUGCAACUCAAACCCAACUGGAACCAUUCCUGGGAACCCCGUUAACGAUGAGCUCGAAACGAAAGUCAAGGCUAAGCGACUUGGUGGUUCAUCCCUCCUCUCACACCCCACGACCACUCCUCAGUCCUGCCAGACCUUCUUGGGCCAUUUUAAAAAGCACAACAAAGGCCCCAGAAUUUAACCUCCUGCAAACUCCACUGAUUGUAAAGCGCGCUCGCGCCCUGGCUGCUUCCAGCGCAGUCUUCUCAGCCUUCACCCCUCAGUCCAUCCUUCGCAGUAGCCAGAGGCCCACUCCCAUGGCCACUCCCUCCGUGUCUCCGGGGCGCUCCAUCACCCCUCCGCUUCGCAGCAAAGAGAGCAGGAUCACUUUUGGUGAAGUGGCCGGGUCUCCUGAAGUGGAAAAGGACAUGCACUUGACCAACGGGAUGCUCGCAGACAGUGAGAUUGGCCUACUCACCAGAAGGGCCAGCCUGUCUCGCACACGCAAGACCUGGUCUGCACAACUCGAUGAAGAUGAAGAACCAGAAUCGCCCCACGUCAAGUUCAUGCCGCCCGAAGGCGGUAUUCCCUCGCCGCAGCUGAGAUGCUCUCUGAAGGAAUCAUUCCCAAUCCACGAAGCUGCAAAAUUAACCAAUCCCUUGGACGCAACCCAAGAUCAACCUAGCUUGAGUUUUGACACAAGCCAGACAUCUUUCCAAGUGACGGACACCACUCUGGAGUACUAUGAUGCGGAGGAACAUCAGGAGGAGGAGCAUCUCGACACCGAUAAAGAAGAUGACGUUGUGACUAUAAACCUUAAAUAUUUGGGUGAAAACGAACCAGAGCAGAACUCCGUUCCAGCUACCAAGCGGGCUUCUCUGCAAUUAUCAAACGAUGCCGAGAGUGAAGGCCAGGAGCUUAUGGAAGAAGAGACCUUUGAAGAUGUGAUGGAGAUUGCUGUGGAACAAGACGAUGACAACAAAGAAACGGCUGAGUGUAGAACGGAGAACCAACUAGACGAGUUGGGAGGGGACCGAGAAAAUCCGGAGGUUAUUGACGAUGAGCGAGUUGAGUGCAAAUUGGACAAUGCACCAGACACGGAAUCGGGUAGCAAAGAAGAUGCGGUUGAAUUUAUUGACCAAGAAGAACCAUCUUAUCACGGUGACGAGCUGUUGGUCGCUGCCGCACAGACAGAAUCUCAGAGUCCGUCAUUCACCACCGAGGAGCAUCUAGCCCAGUCACAAGUCCUUGAAUCCACCACCAUUUUAGAACACCAGAACGCAUGUGAAGACUGUGAAGCCACAAAAUUCAUCCAGCACAUCAACUCAUUUGGAGACGAUGAAGCUGCAGCCUCCACUGAGCAAACACGUGGAGACAUUGAACCAGCAGAUGUACCAGCAGAGAAUUUGGAGCAAUCAACAGAUCUGGCUGACUUUGUGGAGCGACAUCUGUUUGGUAGUGGCAUGUCUCCUCUGACCCGCUCUGGAAUUCAUCUCUUGUCACAGACAGCCCCCAGCGGGAUCAUGGAUGAAUUUAAAAAUACAGCGGAGGAAGAGGAGCCUUCUGCCAAAGCUCCACCUGUAUUCACCAGCCAAAAAUCCACUGCCUCUGUGACCUCUUCCGAGCCGACGGGCACCGACUCCCACUCGGUUGUGAGUACGAACGACAGCGAAGAACUAUCGAGCUCUGAAUCUGAGGAGGAGGAGGAGGAGGAAGAAGAAUCUGGUGAGGAAGAGUGUAAUGAUGAGGAGGACUCUGGUAGUGAAGUGGAGAUCAUUGAGGAAAUCCAGGGAAACGGGAGUCUCCGAGGCCUCCCAGCCAGCUCGGCCUUUCUUCAUGAAGAAAACGAUCACUUCUUAUCGACUUUGUCGGAGCAGGACGCCGCACAGUUUUCUCUUAUACCGCCGGGGGUUGAGAUGAAGAUGGUCGGAGAGGAAAUGGAAGGAGAUGUAUUGAUGGUGAGACUUGGGGCAGAUACGGAAGUAAAGGAGACGCUCGGGGGCGAGGGACCAGGGUCGUCCUACAUGGAGCUGAAACCUUCAACCACCCUCCUUGUUCCUCUGGAGCUCGUGGAUGGCCAACGGGAGGCGAUGGACGCCGCCCCACUCCAACUGCCUGAGCUGCAGCAAGCCGUCCUACCAGACGAGCAGAAAUGUGCAAGUCAUGGCACCUUCUCGCUGGUGCUGGACAUGGAUGAGGACAGCGGUCACGAGGCGCAUGCGUUGCCCACGGAGAAUUGUACAGAAGCGAUAGCGGCGGCCUCCGAUGACCUGGCAACGCAACCUGAGAUUAUUUUUCUGGCACCGGAUGCUCUCGAGUGUGAGGCGGCCACACCAGAAGAUGAGGGGAAGGAACUCAAUGGGCAGACCGAGCCACAGAACACUGAGGUCGAACUGAAUGCGGCAGAAGAAAUGGAUGCGAAAGAUCACGAGCCUGCCAUUUUACCAGACUCGGAGCCUACCCCGUCGCAGGAACCUACAGACACUUUGGAGGACCGCCACAGCGGGAAUUUUGUGAUAGCACAAAAUGCCAAUGUCGAGAUGGAACUAGAGGAAGGGAAAGCUGAAAUUGCCGGGGUACAGAAAGGGUCUGAAGGAGAUGAACCUGUUGAGAUGGAAGGAGCUGCCAACCAUGCAGGGACAGCAAACUCUUCAAAAGAAGACCAGCAACAUCUCGACCCCUCAGAACUGGAUAACCGAGAACAUCCAAGUGAGAGCCAAAUAAGUAGUGAAGAGGUUCAAGAUUUCACUUCAACCGGUGAACCUGAAGCUCUUGCCCCGGAGACUUCAACUUCUCAGAGGAAAACGACAGUUCCGUUCACUCCCACCCGAAUGACAACACGCUCGAGGAGAACUGUUACGUUCAUUACUCCCAUCCGCGAGGAACCGGAGGCGGCAGAUAAGAACAGCGCGGUCCCUGCCUCGCUCAGUCGAACAUCUGGAACGAAAGGCACCAAAAUGCGAGCCGGUACACCUCGGAGAAGCUCUCGCAAAGGUCAACCUGAAUUUCCUCAAGCCCAGGAGGGAAGUCCAAAAAUGGGCCAGCCUCAGGAGGAGGAGAUGGAUAAAGACGAGGCAACAGCAGCUUUACAUAAUUACGCUGCUCCAUCACCAUCCAGACGACGAACUUCUAAAAGAGCCGCUCCUGUUCGAACCAGACAAACAAGUAGAAGUAAGGACGAGCCCGAUGCCGGAGAGGAGGAACCAGAAGACGAGAUCAGCGAUACGAACAUUGUAGCCACCAGGACUUCCAGCCGCGUCAAACGCACGAGCUCCCACACAAACACCCCGAGGAGGUCCAGUCGCCGAAUCCUUAACAGCAAUGAGGUGUUGCAAACCACGCUGGAGGUCCUGCGAGAGGAAGACAAAGAACAGGUGGAGGUUCUUUCAGCAGCGGUCAAGCGCAGCAUCACGGGGCUCAAACCGUCAAAGGAGGAGGCCGAUUCCAGCCCGACGAGGGCGACCCGUCAAUCCAGGCGCGUCAUUCUCGACGUCUUUCCAGAGAGUCCAGCAAAGAUGGAGGCGAGCAUCAGUCAUGGCAAGCAUGAAGCCAAACUGAACAGCGCCGCGGGUCCUGCGAGUCUCCGGCAGACAACCAGAAGCAAAUUGUGGGAGCACCCAGAGGAAGACCUCUUCUUACUGGCUACCCCUUUGGAGGUGGAUUCCAAAACCCCGGUAGCUGACGCCCUCAUCAAGAGGCUCCAGGACGAAGAGGAGAAGCAGAAAGGAGAAGUUGUCAAUAAGAGGUCGAGGACCAGAAGGACGACAUCGUCCGUAGAUGUCCCGGUGGGGGAUUCUGCAAACGAUGAGACCAGCCCAGGAAAAAAAUCGUUCGUCUACUUGCCCUCACGGAGGAGAACAAGAGCCAGCAUAGUGGAGUCGCCGGGCCCCAGCGACGAUGUUCCGGUGGCCGUCACUCGCAACGCGAGAAGAGCUGUCGAAGGUGCUUCAAAGGAAGACUUCACUUCAGAUGAAGACUACACGAAAAAGGCGAAAGCUGUUUCAAAAAGCAGAACAAGUGCCAAACGAACAGCUAAAUCCGCCUCGGAGCCUCUUCCCCUGGUCGAAGUGGAUCUGAUCUCACCACUGCCCAGUCCGGUCAAUCAGGCCCCGCAAGCCCGGAAGAAGGAGAAGCAAGGAGCCGCUCGGACGUCAUCGAGAAUGAACCUCCGCCGGAAACGCAUAAUGGACAACGUUUUCAUCAAGCCUGUCACACGUAGAAAGAAUCUCUGAUUGAAAGUUGGUGGUUGACCUUAAAAGUGCUGCUUAGUUCAUUUGGACAAAAUGUCUUAACUCAUUCACUGCCAUGAACGUCGAAAGAUGUCAAAGAUCCGUUUUUACUGGGCCGGCAGUAAAUGAGUUAAAGGCUGCAUCAGUGGCCAUUUUUUUUUUUGGUCUCUACCUGGCAGUGAUCAACUGCUAGUUUGUAGUAGAUGCUCCCGUUAAAAAGAAGCAGAGAAAGAAGUCAUUCUUUUUUGAGGAGACUUUCAAUCCAUUCUCUUUUAAACAUUAGCGGUUGAAUAUUAAACCUCUUGGAACACCGCUGUUAAGAAAUUCAAUCAAUAUUUCUAACAAUGUAAAUUUUCUUUGUUCCAAAUAAUGUUAAAUAAUAAAUUCUAUUUUUCCCCCUUUUGGAAGUUUUACCACAUUGACUUAUGUAAUGACACUGUUUAGUCUUAUGUUUUGAUUAGAAGAUUGGGGCGCAUGACAUGCCAAAAAAUUGGACUCUCUUCCUACUGGCAAUGAUGUACAGUGUGCAAAUGCAAAGAAAAAAAACUUGGCAAAGAAAAGGAAAAAAAAUGGAUUUGUUGACCUGAGUGUUGUAUAGCUGAUACAUAGGCUAUUUUCUGAAGAGUGCAUGUAGAAUGUUAUUUUUGAUGACUGCUCUUUGAUAAACACAAUAAACAUUGAUGAACAUUG